CGGAGCGCGGCGGGCCCUGCAGUGGCCUCGCUUUUGGAACUCCGGCACGGGGUCGCAGAGUUAAGGGGGCGGACCACAGUCACAUCAACAUGCCUUCCUUCCUGUUGCUGGAGGUCAUCUUCAUUUUUCUGCUUUCUGGAGUAUGCCCAUCUCAUCCUCUUCAGGAAGUCCACGUAAGCCGGGAGACCAUGGGGAAGAUUUCAGCUGCCAGCAAAAUGAUAUGGUGCUCAGCUGCCGUGGACAUCCUCUUUCUGAUAGACGGCUCCUACAGUGUCGGCAAGGGGAGCUUUGAAAGGUCCAAACGCUUUGCCACCAUGGUCUGCGAUGCUCUGGAUAUCAGCCCCGAGAGGGUCAGAGUGGGAGCGAUGCAGUUCAGUUCCGUUCCUCGUCUGGAAUUCCCCUUGGAUUCGUUUUCAUCCCAACAGGAAGUGAAGGCACACGUGAGGAGGAUGGUGUUCAAAGGCGGGCGCACGCAGACAGGCCUCGCUCUGAAACACCUUCUGCGCAAAGGGUUCCCGGGGGGCAGAAACGCCUCCGUGCCCCAGAUCCUCAUCGUCGUCACUGACGGGCGGUCCCAAGGGCACGUGGCACUGCCAGCCAAGCAGCUGAAGGAAAGAGGUGUCACCAUAUUUGCUGUCGGGGUCCGGUUUCCCAGGUGGGAGGAACUGCAUGCGCUGGCCAGCGAGCCGAGGGAGCAGCACCUGCUGAUGGCGGAGCAGGCGGAGGACGCCACCAACGGCCUCCUAAGCACCCUCAGCAGGUCUGCCCUCUGCGCCGUCGCCUCUCCAGACUGCAGGGUCCAGCCCCAUCCCUGUGAGCGCAGGACGCUGGAGACGGUCAGGGAGCGCGUUGGCAGUGCCCUGUGCUGGAGAGGAUCGCGGGGGACCGAUGCCGUGCUGGCAGCUCUCUGUCCCUUCUCCAGCUGGAAGAGAGUGAUCCUCACCCACCCUGCCACCUGCUACAGGACCACCUGCCCAGGCGCCUGUGACUCGCAGCCCUGCCAGAAUGGAGGCACAUGUGUUCCAGAAGGACUGGACGGGUACCACUGCCUCUGCCCGCCAGCCUUCGGAGGGGAGGCUAACUGCGCCCCGAAGCUGAGCCCUGAAUGCAGAGUCGACGUCCUCUUCCUGCUCGACGGCUCGGGGCGCACCACCCCGGAGGGCUUCCUGCGGGCCAAGGCCUUCGUGAAGCGGUUUGUGCAGGCCUCCUUGGGCGAGGACUCCCGGGCCCGCGUGGGUGUGGCCCGCUACAGCGGGGAGCUGGCGGUGGCCGUGCCCGUGGGCGAGUACCAGGACGUGGCGGCCCUGCUCUGGAGCCUGGACGGCAUCCCCUUCGGCGGGGGCGCCACCCUGACGGGCCGCGCCUUGCGACAGGUGGCCGAGCGCGGCUUUGGGAGCGCCACCAGGACGGGCCAGGACCGUCCCCUUAGGGCGGUGGUCCUGCUCACCGAGUCACCCUCCCAGGAUGACGUGGCCGGUCCAGCGCGUCGUGCCCGGGCCCGGGAGCUGCUCCUGCUGGGCGUGGGCACUGAGGCCGUGCGGGCGGAGCUGGAGGACAUCACAGGCGGCCCUGAGCGCGUCCUGGUCUACACGGGCCCGCAUGACCUGUUCCGCCAAAUCCCUGAACUGCAGGAGAAGCUGUGCAGCCAGCCACCGCCAGGCUGCCAGGCGCAGUCCCUGGACCUGGUCUUCAUGCUGGAUGCCUCGGCCUCUGUGGGGCCCAAGAACUUCGCUCAGAUGCAGAGCUUCGUGAGGAACUGCACGCUCCGGUUUGACGUGAACCCAGACGUGACACAGGUCGGCCUGGUGGUGUUCGGCAGCCGGGUCCGGACGGCCUUCGGGCUGGACGCCCAUGUCACCCGCGCCGCAGUGCUGCGGGCCGUGAGCCAGGCCCCCUACCUGGGCGGGGUGGGCUCGGCAGGCACAGCCUUGCUGCACACCCAUGACAAAGUGAUGACGGUCCAGAGGGGUGCCCGGCCUGGUGUCCCCAAGGCUGUGGUGGUGCUCACAGGUGGGGUGGGGGCAGAGGACGCGGCUGUCCCCGUCCAGAAGCUGAGGGACGAUGGCGUCUCUGUCUUGGUGCUGGGCGUGGGGCCUGUGCUGAGGGAGGCGCUGCGGAGGCUCGCGGGUCCCCGGGACUCCCUGAUCCACGUGGCCACCUACGCAGACCUGAGGUACCACCAGGACGCGCUCAUCGAGUGGAUAUGUGGAGAAGCCAAGCGGCCUGUGAACAUCUGCAAACCCAGCCCGUGCAUGCAUGAGGGCUCCUGCAUCCUGCAGAACGGGAGCUACCGCUGCGAGUGCCAGGCUGGCUGGCAGGGCCCCCACUGUGGGAACCGGUCCUUGAGAGGAGAUGCCCCUAAGGCCCGGGGCUCCCACAGAGACCCCUCCCAGCAACUGCUCAGGACUGGGCACAACGGGCGCUGAAAUCGCGCCGGGCCUCCGCGGAGCAUCUGCGGUCCUUUGAGUGUCCGCCUCCAGCUCCAUGCAGACGAACCCUCCCACACUCCGUCCACCACAGAGAAGAGCUGUCCCAGCUGCAGACCAUGCUACUUAGGGACAUGGCGAUGCCUGAUUCCGCCACUAAUGCUGACGUUGAAAAUCUUGAUGUGUAAGGAUUUGCUUUCUGGGCCUGUGCCCUAGUGAGCUCCUGUUGUCUGCCAGCUUUCCCCUGGGAGAAACCAGGGAGCGUGGAGACCCCCGGUGGCCUGUUCGAAGCGCCUUGGGCUCUCAGCAGAGGCUAAAAUAGGAUGUCGUUGGGGCGAUAACACUGAGGAGGAGGCGCGGACUGGCGUGUUUGGAUCACUGCAGCCACGGCAUUCAAGAUGGAAAAAGCAUGCGGUUGCUUUUGGUUUGACAAGGGGCUUGUGUGGCCUUUGUGACUUAUUCUGGUGACUGGAUCUGUGCGUGACAAAGACCUAGAAAGGCUCCAGACUGGAUUGUGACCACUAACCAACUUGUUUGACUAUGGUGGCGGGGGGCGGGGAGCAGGUGAAGAUGCGGAGGGGCUUCCUUGAGGGAUUACUUAGGGGGACGCCCUGAGGGCUAUUGCUUGCUUUUUUAGGACAAAGAGAAUUGGAAUUCUUAAAUACAGCAUAAAGAAACCUGGAGGGUGUUGGCUUUUUUAAGCAUUUGAUCUUAUGUCAUCUAAGUGGCUUUGCUUCUCAGUAAAGGAAUGUUUCAAGAA